AUGGAAGGCGAAUUUGCAAAUGCUUCCGAAAUUGGCUCAAAUCUGCCAAAUUUGACAGACCUGAAGAAUUAUCUGCGUGAAGAGAAGCCGCUUUAUUUCCAAGUAUUGGAACAAUAUUUGCGAAAUGCGGCAAAUAUCAUAAACAAUUUAACAGCGAAAUUUGAAAUGCUCCAUGAGCUCCUGGAGCGCGAGCAAGAAAUGGAGCGACAGCGUAAAAAUGAAGAGCGGCUCGCGCUCGAACUCAUCGAGCAACAACAAGAAGGUAAAGACCAAGAAAUGAUGGAGCCAGUACCGGCACUGGAGGAAGAGGAGCUGGCAGAGUGGCGACAGGUACCACACGAGCCAUCCCUUAAUGGGGGAAGUGUCGAUGUGGUACCAAAAGCGCAGGGAGCGGUCACGGAAUGUAGAGAAGUGGAAGAAAUGCGUGAAAUGGCAUUCCAGAACCGUGCGAAUCCCAAUUCUAAUGCGACAAGGCCGCGAGGUGGAACCAGCGAGUCCGGAGGCCUUCCAUAUGCCGGUAGUGGAAGGUUUGCCGGCACAAUAUCAAGAGCUGCUGGUUGUGCCAGAAAUCGAUCCGUACACAGUGAUUAG